GGGUGUAUCUGUUAAUUCGAUUUAAUAUUUUAUUAAGAAAUUCAUGAAUAGGUCAAUUUUUACUUUUAUUAUCAGGUUUAACAAUAUUUAUAGCUGGAUUAGGUGCUAAUUUUGAAUUUGAUUUAAAAAAAAUUAUUGCAUUGUCAACUUUAAGUCAAUUAGGGUUAAUAAUAAGAAUUUUAUCUAUAGGAUUUUAUAAAUUAGCUAUAUUUCAUUUAUUAACUCAUGCUUUAUUUAAGGCUUUAUUGUUUAUAUGUGCAGGGGCUAUUAUUCAUAAUAUAAAUAAUUCUCAAGAUAUUCGUUUAAUAGGUGGUUUAAGAAUUCAUAUGCCUUUAACUUCAGCUUGUUUUAAUGUUUCAAAUUUAGCUUUAUGUGGGAUGCCUUUUUUAGCAGGAUUUUACUCAAAGGAUAUAAUUUUAGAAAUUGUAAUAAUUAGAAAUAUUAAUUUAUUUUCUUUCUUUUUAUAUUUUUUUUCUACGGGUUUAACUGUAUGUUAUUCAUUUCGGUUAGUUUAUUACUCAAUAACAGGAGAUUUAAAUUGUAGAAGUUUGAAUGUAUUAAAUGAUGAAGGUUGAGUGAUAUUACGAGGGAUAUUAGGCUUAUUAAUUAUAAGAAUUAUUGGGGGUAGAAUAUUAAAUUGAUUAAUUUUUCCUGUACCUUAUAUAAUUUGUUUACCUUUUUUUUAAAAAUAUUAACUUUAUUUGUGUGUAUUUUUGGAGGUGUAUUUGGUUAUUUAAUUUCAGUAAGAAAUUUAUAUUCAAUUAAUAAAUCAAUAACUUUUUAUAAUAUAACAAAUUUUAUGGGUUCUAUAUGAUUUAUACCAUAUAUUAGAACUUAUGGAAUUAUUUAUUUUCCUUUAAAUUAUGGGCAAAUUGUUGGGAAAAGAUUUGAUCAGGGUUGAUCAGAAUAUUUCGGGGGUCAACAUUUGUAUCAAAAAUUAAUAAAUUAUUCUCAAACUUUAUUUU